AUGAGUUCUCAGACUACCGAUGUACUAAAUUUAUCGAAAUGUGCGAUUGCCAAGCCAGUUCAAUUUUCUUUGCGUCCGUUCGGCGGUCUAUUCAAUCCCUAUUCGAAAGGAUGUUCCAUUCUUUGCAAUCAUCCUGGCCCGAAUGAAGUGAAAGAUGUUGUUAAACAAGUUAAAGAGACCUGGAUCAGUGAAGGCAAAGGUCAUUUCUAUCGGGAGGAGAAUCAUGGUAGAAACGACAUUGAUGUGUUUGACAGUGACAUUCAGGAACAUAUUCCGGAGGAGUUCUUUCGCCGGUACACCGGCUCGGAUUCGCGUCCAUUAACGCCAACGCCGACGGUAGCUAGUGGACGGACACGAACUAGUGCCGGUUCGCAUAUAAAUGCGAGACGUUGUUUUACGCCAGAUCCGGUUAAUAGCAUGGCGAAGGAGAGAAAGCAGCUGAUUUUGGACUUGAGGAGGAGUCAUAGUCAAGAAACAUUAUUCUGGAAUGCUUCGUCUGAACUUACACCCAGCGUACAGAAUCAAGAAAAGACCCAGCAAACAGACUCUCCACCAAAAAAUCAAAGACUGUGCGAAAUCGAGGCGAGAAAAAAGUCUGCAGAAAAGAAAGCACAACAGGCAAAAUUAGAAGCAGAAGCCAAAGCUAAUCAAAUUGAGUGCAUAAAUGAUCAGGAUGAAGUUGAAGACGAAGGGGAUGAGCCGCGUAGACGCGGAAAGCGUAAAUCGAAGAAGUCAAAGGUACCAGCAACUACUACAUUUCAAGUUAGCCAAGAACCAGAAACGCAAAUAGCAACAUUGGGUCCUGACGAUUCACCGAAUCCGAGUGGCAGACCAUCACUGAUACCGAAUGAACAGAGAAUACCCCGAUUAUCGUUGUUGAUGAAAGGUCAAUCGAAUGACUCGCGCGAAGAAUAUUUAAAAUCGAGUUUUAUCAGCGAAGAAGCUUUGAAAUUCUUGCGAUGUGGACUGAAUAUAGAUGUGGUGGAGAGUAAUUUUGAGCGAUAUAUGAGUAAAGCUUUGCAGGAAGCCUUUCGUACGAUUCCUCCGGAAAAACUUGAAUAUGAAAGCGAGGCGCUUAGAAAAUUCAAGGAAACUAUCGACAUAACUGAGGUGGAUAACGAAAAAUGGUUGAAAAUGCCACGAAAAUAUACGAGACGAUCAGCUCGAUUUGGCUUGACUGUGAAUACUUACGAGCUCGCAACUAUGACACCAUUCCAAUACAUCAGCAAGCACGUUUGGAUAUCAGAGCAUCGGAAGCAACAUUAUCGUUUCGUUUUCAAGAAAUUCUUACCAGACCCGACCGAAGAAACUCAAGGUAAAACGAGUCAACCGAAUCCCGAACACAUUACCGAUUUUCCCCAUCCAAAACCAAAGUACGAAGAGCGAACUAUUUCAUUUAUCGACGUUCGGAACGCUUUGUCCGAUGCUCUAGGAUUUUACGGAACAGCCGAGAAAAUCACUGAAAUUUUGGAUAUUCUCUGCAUGAACGAAAAUGAUCACAAAGUUUUGAAUUUUCGGUCGUGGUGUGGUCUUAUCGCGUUCAGCGAACGGUAUUUGAAUAAAUUGUCGCAUGAAGAGGAUCCGAGAGAUGAGGUCAGUAAUGCCCUUAUUUCGUACGGUUGUGGUAUACAAGUUAUGAAACGUUCUUUUUAG